AAUUUACCUGCCCAUUCAUUGUGAUUGUGGCAAGAAGCGAGGUUGUUGCAGUUGUUUCUUAGGACGCUCUCGCAUUUUAAAUAGUUUGACUACUAUUGCCGGAGAUAGUAGUAUCUGAAAGGCUGUAGGAUCUAAGAUAAUAUAAGAGUCACGGUAGAACGCAUUACAGGUGCUAAAGGAGUAUUUAAUAAAUUGCUAAGCAAACGUACCAAGUCUUAGCGAAAUCAACAUUGUCACACUAGGGGAAUAGAAAAGAACGAAAUAUCCCAUUUAAUUGCUUGGGAUACGGAAACAAUUACACAAAAGCUCAAAACUGGAGAAACAAAAUCGUGUGAAGUUGAUUCGAGACAAAAUGGUCCUGGCUGAAAGAAAUUCGGAGCUGGUGCGUAAUGGGAGACGAUCACGCGGACCAAGUCCAAAUGGGCACGGAGUAGGCGUUGCUGGGGGUGGUACAGUGGGGGCAAGUACUAAUAUUGGGAACAGUGGAGGUGCUGGUGGUACUGGAACUCCGGAAACUAGUUCCGACGAUGACAAUUCAAUUAAGCGAAAUGGAAAAUCCAAAGCAAAACAGAGUGAAUAUGAAGAGAAAAUUCGUGUUGGUCGUGACUACCAGGCAGUAUGUCCACCGUUAAUACCUGAAAAUGACCGUAAACCAGAGGGCUUAAAUGAUCGAGCGCUUCUGGUAUGGUCGCCCACUAGAGAGAUACCAGAUGCAAAACUUGAAGAAUAUAUAUCAGUAGCUAAAGAAAAAUACGGUUAUAAUGGCGAACAGGCAUUGGGUAUGCUAUUCUGGCACAAACAUGAUUUGGAACGUGCCGUAAUGGAUUUAGCUAACUUCACACCUUUUCCCGAUGAGUGGACAGUAGAAGACAAAGUGUUAUUCGAACAGGCUUUUCAAUUUCACGGCAAAAGCUUUCAUCGCAUUCGUCAAAUGUUACCCGACAAAUCAAUAGCUAGUUUGGUGAAAUAUUAUUACUCGUGGAAGAAGACGCGCCACAGACAAAGCGUUAUGGAUCGUCAAGAGAAAGCAAAAGCAAGUAAAGAAGGUUCAGAGAACGGUAGUGAGAAUGGCAGCAAUGAAGAAUCUGAUACAGAUGACAAGGAUCAAGCAUUGGCUACAACUUCCGGGUUUCAAGAUCAAAUGAAAAUAGGCUGUGCCACUUCUGCCGAUUUACCGAACAAAUUAAAUAAAUUAAGCGAAAACGGUGGUGUUUCUGGUAGCAGCAUUGGCGGUGGCGACGCCGACAGUGAGAACACAGCGGCUUCUGUUUCGUUAAAUAUGAUCGCCCAAGGACGAGACAGUGGUCUAGUUGCCAAUAUUGGUGCUCUGGCAGUUGGUAUCAAACAUCAACGCCAACAAACGCCGCCCAAUACGGCGAAUACCGAUUCGUCAUGUUCCAAUGCAGACUCAGCAGGUUUGAGCGGUUGUUGCACCAAUUGUGGAGUUCCAUGUAGUGUGCUUAAUGCAUCGCCACACGGUAAACUAUGUUCAAGUUGCCACCACCAUUGGAGACGUACCGGUAAUAAGCGUCCCACUUCCGGUCCAUAUUUUGGUAAGCGGUCGCGCGAUCGCAAUGCUGAAAGACAUAAACGUAAACCACCUCGUGGCAUGUACAUCAAUCACGACGAUAUUGUGGCGCUGGCCAGAGCCAAUGACAAUCAAGACGAACUGCUCGCUAACACAGACAGGGAAAUCGUUUCGCUAUUGAGCCAAGUUCAGCUAAACAAACAGAAUAUUUCCGCGCUGAAACGUAAGAAUUCAGAGGGAAUAGACGAUAUGCGCCCAGCUGAGAACACGAAUCGAAUCAAUUCAAGAUGGUCCAAUGAUGAGGCUCUGCUCGUCGUACAAGGUGUGCGUAAAUAUGGCAAAGACUUUCAGACAAUAGCUGAAACUAUUGGCACGAAGACUGAAGCUCACGUGCGUACCUUUUUCGUAAGCAAUCGUCGGCGUUACAAUUUAGACCAAGAACUAAAAAAGUAUGAAGCAGAGAAAGAAGAAGCAGCAGCUACUGCCACUGCUUCUGCAACUGCAAGUGAAACAAUUAACUCCAACAAUAAAAAAGACGAAUCAAAGAAAAGAGAGCCGUCUGCGGCAAAUGCAACAGCCACUGGCGUUAGUGCCAUUUCGUCUGUUAUUGCCGAUGAAUCGGAUAACACAACCUCAAGUGAAGCAACCGUAACAAAGUCUACCAAAGACGAAUCCAAGCUUAAUAAUAGCAAUGCUAAUUUACAGAAGGAUAACGUUAUAAUGGAGAUUGACUUAGAUGCUGAUCAAAAUGAUAUGCAACCACCAGCCAAGAAAUUCGCUCUAAACAUCAACGAACAAGAUUUCGCCAAGGCCAGUGCAAUCUAAAUGAUAAUUCAUUUAGACGCACAACAUCUUUGGACCCAUGGUGGUGAAUAAUGCUAAAUGACACAAUGCAGGUGUUUGACACGCCUUAAGUUUUAUGCAUAUACACAUGCAUACAUAUUUAUUUAUAUUGAAUACUUGACGAUCCAUCCUAGUAUCCUUAACACUUAAAUAUGGUAGGAGAUACUGAAAAUUUAGUAUCAAUAAAAAUCUUAACACAACUCUACUAUCACAAAAAUUAAAGUCAACAAAAUUCCUUGACACCAAUGUGUAUAAGAUAAGUAUAGCUUUAGUUCACUUGAUAUGAAAAUUAAAACUCGGAACGACAAAUUAGUUGAAAGACAAGUGGAAUGGAAAUAUACAGAAAAUAUAAGGAUAUCUACCAUUUUAAUUAAAGAAUUACUCUAGAGAUGCAUUAUAUGAUAGGUAAAUGUGCGCUGUAUAUAUAUGGGCCUAUCAGGUGUUAGCAUUGCCAAAUUAAUCUAAAGUUGUAUUAAACAAAUAUUAUAUAAAAACUUGGAAGAAAAUAUAGGCAACGCGCAUGUAACACCAUGUUUUGAA